AUGGAACUACCCGGGGUACUCGUGAGAACACCGUGCGAUACGGCGGAGCCCCCGCGUCGAAAUCUCCACGGCGACCGCCGUGAGCGGUACCGUCCGGAAGGAGGCCGCGAGUGCUACCGUUGCUCCCCGCUUCAGGGCGAUGCGGCAGUGGCAGCAGAAGACGACGGCGGGGAACGAUUGGUCCGUGUGCACGAUCUUCCCCCCGGAGAAAAAAGAAAAGAAAAAAAGAACAAGCUUCGGGCCGACGGGGAACGCGGAGGGCGGCGUAGAGAAGGGGGUUCGUCCGUUAGGGGUACCGCCACCGCCGUCGCCCCCCCCGAGGGCGGGGCCGUGGAGCUAACAGCAGGCGAAGCGGGGCCGGUCAAGCGCGGAGGGGGAGGAGCGGCCGGCAUCGGCGCGGCGCUGCUGGGCGCGGUGCUGUCCGGCCUUGCUGCGUUAGCCGCGGGCGGCGCAGGGGACGACGACGCGCUGUCGGAGAGCGUGUUCUUGGGUGUCGGUGGCGCAGGCUCCGGCGACGGGGGCGAUUUUGAAGCUGCCGUUCAUGGGGAUGCCGCCGGUGGCGGGCUCAUUCGAGGCAGCGGCGGCGGCGGUGGUGGCGCUGUUUACGGGAGCGGGCGGUCGGCGGCGGCCAGGAAGAGAAGGGAGAUGGACCCUGCGAACAGGAGAGAGACAGGAGACGAACCCCGUUCGGCAGUCACUGGGCGCAAAGGCCUAGCAUUCGGAGGAGCGGGCGACGCUGAUGGUCCGGGGGCUCGGCCUCCGUCUACCGAGCCCCCUGGUGGUGGUGCUAGUGGAACCGCUGGUAGCGUCCCGGACGCUGGAAACGAAUGGGACGCCCACACAACGGCGAUGACGUUUCCCGAGCUGGGCGGAGGGGUGCCUGCCGUCGCGCGCAGGCUUCAGGCAGACACAACGGACGCACCAGCCCCCACGCCGGAUGCCUCUGUACCGUCCACUCCUGCGCCGAUGACGGACCCGACUCCUGCUCCAGUGACGCCCCCGACUGAGGCGCCGGUGACUGCUGAGCCCAUCACGACCCCCCCCGUGACGACGCCCCCUGUCGCUGCCACACCUGUACCUGCAACGGUCACCCCAACCACCGUCACUCAGGCGCCGGUGACUGCUGAGCCCAUCACGACCCCCCCGGUGACGACGCCCCCUGUCGCUACCACACCUGCACCUGCAACGGUCACCCCAACCACCGUCACUCAGGCGCCGGUGACUGCUGAGCCCAUCACGACCCCCCCGGUAACGACGCCCCCUGUCGCUACCACACCUGCACCUGCAACGGUCACCCCAACCACCGUCACUCAGGCGCCGGUGACUGCUGAGCCCAUCACGACCCCCCCGGUAACGACGCCCCCUGUCGCUACCACACCUGCACCUGCAACGGUCACCCCAACCGCCGUCACUCUGCCACCGGUGACUGGUGCGCCCAUGAUCCCGCCGUCGACGGCACCUGCUACAGAGACCCCUGCCCCGGCGCCCGCGGAGGUGGUAACAAUUUCCCCCACGGCAUCCACGCCGCCUCCGACAACGACCCCUCCUGCGAUCUCUACUCCACAUCCGAGCGUCGACACCCUGCCGCCAGCAGUCGGAACUCCGGGGCCGACCGAAUCGGUACGGAGUAUCGGCUCCGCGGCGCCUGCUGCGACCGUAGAACCGUCGGCUACCGCCGACCCCCUCCCGGGGAUCGGAACGCCCGAGCCGAGUGUGACCGGGACAGCAGGAGGCGGCACCAGCGUGGCACCAGCCCUGUUGACGUGGAACCGCUACCGACCCCAACGUUAUUCCCCCCUACCAGCGGGCGAGACACAUUCCCCAGGCACGACUGUGAGCCCUGUUGACGUGGAACCGCUACCCACCCCAACGUUAUCCCCCCUUCCAGCCGGCGAGACACAUUCCCCAGGCACGACUGUGAGCCCCGUUGACGUGGAACUCCUACCGACCCCAACGUUAUCCCCGCUCCCAGCAGGCGAGACGCAUUCCCCAGGCGCGACUGUGAGCCCUGUUAACGUGGAACCGCUACCCACCCCAACGUUAUCCCCGCUCCCAGCAGGCGAGACACAUUCCCCGGGCGCGACUGUGAGCCCCGUUGCCGUGGAACCGCUACCCACCCCAACGUUAUCCCCGCUCCCAGCAGGCGAGACGCAUUCCCCAGGCGCGACUGUGAGCCCCGUUGCCGUGGAACCGCUACCGACCCCAACGUUAUCCCCCCUACCGGCAGGCGAGACGCAUUCCCCAGGCGCGACUGUGAGCCCCGUUGCCGUGGAACCGCUACCCACCCCAACGUUAUCCCCGCUUGCCGCCGGCGAGACACAUUCCCCGGCCACGACGCUGGCGCCCGCGAGCCCCAUCGCCCAGGAUCCCCUACAGACCUCCUCAACAUUAUCCCCCCUUGCCGCCGGCGAGACGCAUUCCCCGGCCACGACGCUGGCGCCCGCGAACCCCAUCGCCCAGGAUCCCGUACCCACCUCAACGCUUCCCCCCCUCCCGGCAGGCGAGACGCAUUCCCCGGCCACGACUGUGGCUCCCGCGAGCCCCAUCGCCCAGGAUCCCCUACAGACCUCCUCAACAUUAUCCCCCCUUGCCGCCGGAGAGACGCAUUCCCCGGCCACGACGCUGGCGCCCGUGGCCGGCGGCACGCCUGGUGUGAACACCACGGAGCCCGUGGGGACGCCUUCACCUGACGCUACGGGGGGCCCUGCGGAGCCGACGCCGCUGGUAGCCGCUUCCACGACGACGGGGGCGACUACCACCACCGCCACCGGCGCCACGACCACCGCUACGGGCACCGGCGCAACAAGCGGAGCUACGACGGGGGCGGGCACCACCGGUGGCACCGGGGGCACCACCGGUGGCACCGGGGGCACCACCAUCGUUGACAAUGCGGGGGUCCGGCAGGCCACCGGUAACGCGAAUACAGGUCAGUCCGGCGGCGGCGGCGGCGGGACCGAGGCGACGAGCACUGCGCAGGAGACGGCGACUGAUGCGGUUUCGACCGAUCCCGGGACGGUGUCCUCGCGUUCCCCUUCGGCGACGCUGGGGUUGCUGAUGAUAUUCCAGAUCCAGUUCCUGAGCUCGCUGAGGCUGCUGGAAGCGAACAUCACCGCGCCUUUCCGGCGCAUGCUGGACCAGCUCAAAUGGCUUAACCUGCAUUUCGACGUGGACUUCGUCGGCUUCGCUGGCUGCGACGACGAGGACUCAUUCACCUGGACAGAAGAUGACAACGGUAUGUGGGCGUUCAACACCUUUGCGGUCUUCGGGUUCAUGGCGCUCCUCAUCUUGUGCCACAUCCUGCUGCUUUCCUACAUCGAGGCGUCUUGGUUGUCUCAGGCACAACUCGGUGUGGAUAUACUUCCCCCACGUGGAGCUGGUUUUCCUGCUCUUCGCCUACCAGGGAGCGUCAACCUCCGAGGCUCGCAUGAUCAACAGCGGCUGCUUGCCUCUGGUGGUGCUGGGGGCGUGUGCGCUGUUUUGCCGUCGGUGAGACAUGGCCUCGUGCGUCGGAUGGUACGCCGUAAGUUCAUUUUCCCCAUCUUCCUCAUGUUCUACGUCGGGAGGAUCGUGUGGAGUCGAGUCAAGCCCCAGGAGGGGCCGGUGACCUUCACCAAGGGCCUCGCGCCGGAGGAGGGGCGCAAGAGGUGCUGGUGUGUCUCUCUCUGCAGGGGGUUCCGUGACGGUUGGAGGAACGGGCAUUCGAUCUUCGAGUGGGCGGACAAGGGUGCCUGGGUGAGUCUCAAGGAUGAGAAGGUGGACCUGGAGAGCAGGAAGUUCCGCAUCGGGUUCGAGCCGCUGUUCGUGGACUUCACCAAGGAGGGUGCGGUGUAUAUUAUCUUCCUGCUCUUCAAGUGGUUCGCCCUCGGGAUCAUCGCAGGGCUCGUGACGAACGGGACUGUACAGACGGCUUCGCUGGCCGUCAUCUACCUGGUCGACAUCGCGCUCCUGUGUAAGCUGCGCCCCUUCUCCAACUCCGUGGUGCAGUGGGUGGAGACGGUGCUGGUGACUGCCGAUGCGUUAACCCUAGGGAUGAUGGUGUGGGCAUCCGUCCUCGAUCCGGACAUGGAUGCGGACAAGAGGAAGCUUGACGGCAUCUACGCUGGCUGCAUGCUCAUACAGACACUUGGGAUCUUCUUGCUGACCAUCCCCAUUUACGCAGACACCUUCAUCGUCAUCUUCUUCCAGAUCCGCCACAAGGCCUCCAAGCUCUGGCGCGGGGAACGUACCCCAAGAGAACAGAAAAGCGACAUCAAGGGCAGCUGGGGCGAGUCGUGCGGCAUCUUCUGCGUCCUAGUGAGGGAGAACUUCAUUGGCUGUGUGAAGGAGUCUGUGCACGGCCCUAGGCGAAAACCGCGGUCGUCGUUUACGCUGGCCGUGUCGGACCGCCUGCCCGGCAUAAAGGAAGAGGAGAAACGAGACCCCGAAGCUGCUGAGGGGAUCAUCGGGAGAAAACCGGUCCGGACGAGCAAGUUUCCAAUCGUCAAGCACGGCCGUGGGGGAAGCGGCGACGUGGAGACGGGUGCUCUUGUGGCUUUUGUUACCAGGUUGAGGGCUUCACGGUUAUCGUUUUGUCUUUGA